AGUCUGUCGCCUCUGCCAGGCCCGCGCGUCUCGCAGUUGUUCUUCCUCGAUUGUGCGUUAUCUUUAUCAGUACGCUAUCAGUUUAAAUGGAGUACUUAAUAUUUGUUGUGAAAGCGUGAGGAAUGUAUCUUAGGGCUAUAAAAUUAUUACACAAUCAUAAAACGAAUUGUAACACUCUAUAAAUCCCUGAAGCUAUGAGAACGAUAGUAUGUAGUCAGUUAAUAAAGAUGAUGUGACUCUUCUAGUAAUUAUUAUCAACCAACAGCUAUACCCCAGAUAGUAAGGACAAUAAAUAUUAUUUUCAUCAAUAUUUCCCAUGAAAUAGUUGUAAUAAAUUAAUGAACCUUACAAGACAUUAGGGUUGGAAUGGCUAUGUAGUUCAAAUAAGAAUUACUAUGUGCAUAGUCUUUAUAAAUUAUUUUUAAGAGUGUUAUGAAACUCACUAUGUUUUCAUAUACACUGUUUGUACAUAAAGUGUUAGAAGAGAUCACUGACAUGAUGACAUUUUAACAAGUGGAUUGUUCAAAGAAUGGAACUGGCACAAGAGCCAAAGUAAAUGUCGAUGUGGGAAAAGUUUAAUUCGUUGGUUUAGAAGCCUACAUAAAUCCUCCCAGUGAUGACAGUGAUAUUACUAGUGACGAUUCUCCGGAGUUUUACACAGUGAACACGAUGGCAGACAGCCUUGUAUCUUCGAGACAUUUGAGAGUGUUCAGCUAGCAAGAUGUCCAACGUGGACUUUGAUGACGUGCUGGUCCAGAUAGGCGAGCGGGGACGCUACCAGAACAUCAUGUACUAUCUGCUCUGCGUGCCCGCCACCCUUCCAGCCGUCUUCCUCGCCUUCAGCCAGGUGUUCGUGUCUGCUUCCCCGGACCACUGGUGUCGUCUGCCCUCCCUGGAGCACACAAUGCUCGGAGGUAUGCCGCUGACGCCGGAGCAGCAGCGGAGUGUGGGAGUGCCCUUUAAACUGCAACCAGACGGUUCCCGUAAGUACGACCGCUGUCUGAUGUACGACGUGAACUUGACGGAGUGGUUGUCCUCCCACAACGUGACUAGAGGAACGGACCUGCCCACUCCAGACUCCGGUUGGCCCACAAUCAAGUGCAGCCACGGCUGGCACUACGACCGCAGAGACUACGACAGCACUCUCGUCACUGAGCUAGACUUGGUCUGUGAGGACAGCUGGUGGAUCUCCACUUCCACGACAUUCUUCUAUGUCGGCUCACUGUUUGGGAAUGUUGUCUUCGGCUGGAUAGCAGACAGGUGCGGGCGCCGAGUCUCAUUCCUCUGUAUUCUUUUCUCAAUGGUAUGGGUGGCCAUCCUGACAUCUUUCUCCCCCAACUAUCUGGUGUACACUAUUAUGCGCACCAUCAGCGGCUUCUUCUUCCCUGCCAUCUUCCAGAUACCCUUCAUCCUUGCUCUGGAGAUGAUGGGCCCAAGAUACCGGACGUUCGCUGGCAUGGUCAUCUGCAUGUUCUUUGCUGGAGCGAUGUCCUUGCUGGCUCUGCUUGGGUACCUGCUGCGAGACUGGUUCUCUCUCUCGCUGGCCACUUCUGUCCCCUUCCUCCUACUCUUUAGCUACUACUGGAUCACACCUGAGUCUCCGAGGUGGCUCCUGAGUAAAAACCGCAUUGACGAAGCUGAAGUUAUCGUCCAAAGAAUGGCCAAAGUCAACAGGAGACCCAUCCCAGCCAACUUUCUACACCAGUUAGAGGCGGAGAGUCAAAGUCUGUCUCGAGCUCGGCAGCAAGUUCCAGUGUCCUCAUCGGCCACUCCCAUGGACAUCCUGCGUCACCCAAACAUCCGCAACAAGUUCCUGAUCCUAGCCUUUGACUGGGUGGCCAAUGCCGUUGUUUACAAUGGAUUGGCCUAUAACACCACCAACCUUGGUGUCAGCGACUAUUUGGCUUUUUUUAUUGGUGGUGUGGUGGAGAUCCCAAGUUACUUCAUCACGUGGUGGGCCAUGGACCGGUUUGGCCGCCGCUCCGUCCUGUGCCUCACUAUGUUGCUGGGUGGCUUGGCCUGUGUGUCUUGCAUGUUUGUGCCUGAAGAAGCAGUUUGGGUAACAGUAUCACUAGCGAUGGCUGGCAAGUUCGGGAUAGCCGCCUCGUUUGCUGUGUUCUACGUGUUUGUUGGCGAGUUACUGCCAACAGUGUUGCGCAGCCAGGCCAUGGGUAUUGCCAGCUUCAUUGCAGGCCUCGGUCUGCUCACCUUCCCUUCCAUCGUGAGUCUGGCCAAGUACAGCAGAGUGUUGCCUUUGAUUGUGAUGGGCUCACUGUCGUUGGCUGGUGCCAUGGUGUCCGUGUUCCUUCCAGAGACUUUACACUUGCACUUACCACAGACCAUAGAAGAGGGCGAGGCACUGAAGGCUAAUUUUAACCUUUGCUCCGUCACUAAUAGACACAGGCGCAGAAGACCCACAGUCGACACUCCCAGUCCCUCGUCAACUGCUGCCAAGCUGCCCAACGGUGCAACUUCUGAUCGUGACCUCACUGAUGUCAUCUCCCCUAUCCGAGUGAUUGUCACUGAUUUCGAUGCAGAGACCAACUGCUCCCUGUGAUCCUCCUCUCCUUCCCUCAGCACUUUACCUCAUUAUUUUAUAUGUUGAUAGUUAGUAAGGCAAUAAAUAUUAGUUUUUGUUUA